CCUGUCCGGCCGGAGCAGGGAGGCCGCGACGCGGGCCCAGGGUGGCCUGUUCAAGGUCACGGGCUGUGCCAGCCUCGACCCUUCGAGUCCCGCGGCGUGUUGCGCCCACCGAUGCAGGCGGGGCCGUUACGCUACGCUGGUGGCCAGCCUUCCGCCUCAGAGAGGGCUGGCGGCGAGUGAAGGCGGCUUCCUGGAGGAGGUGGUGGUGGGCCCAGGGUUCAGUGGCUGGAGCUAGAUCGCAACCCGGCAGGGGCGGUGGUCUGUGGUCAGUAACCCCGCGCGGCGGUAUUAGGCCGGCUUGGGUCUCUAGGCAGUCCCUUUCCCGUGUAGAUGUCCCGGGAGGAUGAGAGAGGGACGCGACCUGCGAUCUUAGGUGGGGCCUGGGUGCAAAGAGGCGGAGAGUGUCUGCCCCUCAGCUCUGGACCUGUCGUCAUUAAAGAUCCAGCCCACCAGUCCCACAUCUGACCCGUGGAAGGAUAUCUGCACCCCGCCUCCGCUACACACACACGCACACACACUCUGGGGAACGUAGACUAGUCACUGUCCUGCUACUGUCGCAGGCAGAGUUUGAGGCUGCCAGGGGUCCUGGAUCCAUGGAUUUAUCCUUAUUUCACUUUUGAGAACUUUAUUUUUCCUUAUUUCACUUUUGAGAACUUUAUUUUGGAUGGAGAAACAGCCCAGAAUCCACCGGUGCAUCUGUGGGAAACUGGGUUGUCAGUUCCUUGCUGGAGAAUCUGACCACAGAGAGUUGCCAAGAUAGCUGGGCCAGGAAGAAAGCGCCGUAGCCCUGACCCAGACGCCAUUGCCAACCCCGGGGCACUCUGGCUGUCAACCAAGCUGCUCAAGAUGUCUGGCGGGGCCAGUGCCACAGGCCCAAGGAGAGGGCCCCCAGGACUGGAGGAGGCCACCAGUAAGAAGAAGCAGAAGGAUCGAGCAAACCAGGAGAGCAAGGAUGGAGAUCCUAGGAGAGGUGGGUCAGUGUCCGCUCCUCGGGAGGAGCAGACCAAAGAGGAGCUGUUGCUUGAUUGGAGGCAGAGUGCAGAUGAGGUGAUUGUCAAGCUGCGUGUGGGAGCCGGUCCCCUGCGGCUGGAGGAGGUGGAUGCUGCUUUCACAGACACAGACUGUGUGGUGCGGCUUCCAGGUGGUCGGCAGUGGGGUGGUGUUUUCUACGCUGAAAUAGAAAGUUCUUGCACCAAAGUGCAGGGCCGAAAAGGCGGUCUCCUGCAGCUGGUGCUGCCCAAGAAGGUGCCUCUGCUCACAUGGCCCUCUCUCCUGAAGAAAUCUCUAGGGACCCAGGAGUUGGUGUCAGGGCUGCAGUGCCAGGAGAAUGGGCAAGAGCCGUCUCCCAUUGCCCUGGAGCCAGGCCCUGAGCCCCGUCGGGCUAAGCAGGAGGCCCGGAACCAGAAGCGGGCCCAGGGCCGUGGUGAGGUAGGCGCAGGGGCUGGCCCCGGGGCCCAGGCAGGGCCCAGUGCCAAGAGGGCUGUGCAUCUCCGCAGAGGACCAGAGGGGGAGGGGUCCAGAGAUGGCCCUGGACCACGAGGCGAUGCCCCCCCCUUCCUGGCUGAGCCGGCCCCCCAGCCUGAAGCUGAGGAACAACUCCGGGUACCACCGCUGAACCCCCAGACCUGCCUCCUGGGCUCAGAGGAGAAUCUAGCACUUUUGGCAGGAAAGAAGACAGUGUCCCUCAGGAAUGACCCAGUUUCCCCAGCCGUGGCCCGGAGCAGAGACCCUGAGAAAGAGCCCGAGUCCAUGGUGAACCUGGCAUUUGUCAAGAAUGACUCGUAUGAGAAGGGCCCGGACUCAGUGGUGGUGCACGUGUACGUGAAGGAAAUCCGAAGGGACACCUCUCGAGUUCUUUUCCGCGAGCAGGACUUCACGCUUAUCUUCCAGACCAGGGACGGAAACUUCCUGAGACUGCACCCAGGCUGUGGGCCCCACACCAUCUUCCGUUGGCAGGUGAAGCUCAGGAACCUGAUUGAGCCAGAGCAGUGCACCUUCUGCUUCACAGCCUCUCGCAUCGACAUCUGCCUCCGUAAGCGGCAGAGUCAGCGCUGGGGGGGCCUGGAGGCUCCAGCUGCACGAGGUGCAGUGGGUGGUGCAAAGGUUGCCGUGCCGACAGGUCCAACCCCUCUGGAUUCAGCUCCACCGGGAGGUGCCCCCCACCCCCUGACAGGCCAGGAGGAAUCCCGGGCUGUAGAGAAGGAGAAACCCAAGGCUCGAUCUGAGGACACAGGGCUGGAUGGUGUGGCAGCCCGCACCCCCAUGGAGCAUGUAGCCCCAAAGCCAGAGCCACACCUGGCCUCGCCCAAGCCCACAUGUAUGGUGCCUCCAAUGCCCCACAGCCCUGUGAGUGGAGAUAGUGUAGAGGAAGAGGAAGAGGAAGAGAAGAAGGUGUGUUUGCCAGGCUUCACUGGCCUUGUCAAUCUAGGCAACACUUGCUUCAUGAACAGCGUCAUUCAGUCUCUGUCCAAUACUCGGGAGCUCCGGGACUUCUUCCAUGACCGUUCCUUUGAGGCUGAGAUCAACUACAACAACCCUCUUGGGACUGGUGGGCGUCUGGCCAUCGGCUUUGCCGUGUUGCUUCGGGCGCUGUGGAAGGGCACCCACCAUGCCUUCCAGCCUUCCAAGUUGAAGGCCAUUGUGGCCAGCAAGGCCAGCCAGUUCACAGGCUAUGCACAGCAUGAUGCCCAGGAGUUCAUGGCUUUCCUGCUGGAUGGGCUGCACGAGGACCUGAACCGCAUUCAGAACAAGCCCUACACAGAGACCGUGGACUCAGAUGGGCGGCCUGAUGAGGUGGUGGCUGAGGAAGCAUGGCAGCGGCACAAGAUGAGGAAUGACUCUUUCAUCGUGGACCUAUUUCAGGGCCAGUACAAGUCGAAGCUGGUGUGCCCUGUGUGUGCCAAGGUCUCCAUCACUUUUGACCCAUUUCUGUACCUGCCGGUGCCCUUGCCACAGAAGCAAAAGGUUCUCCCCGUCUUCUAUUUUGCCCGGGAGCCCCACAGCAAGCCCAUCAAGUUCCUGGUGAGCAUCAGCAAGGAGAACUCCAGUGCAAGUGAAGUGUUGGACUCUCUCUCUCAUAGUGUCCACGUGAAGCCCGAGAACCUGCGUCUGACUGAGGUGAUUAAGAAUCGCUUCCACCGUGUGUUCCUGCCCUCCCACUCACUGGACACUGUGUCCCCAUCUGACGUGCUCCUCUGCUUUGAGCUGCUAUCCCCAGAGUUGGCUAAGGAGCAGGUGGUGGUGCUAGAGGUGCAACAGCGCCCCCAGGUGCCCAGCGUCCCCAUCUCCAAGUGUGCAGCCUGCCAGCGGAAGCAGCAGUCAGAGGAUGAGAAGCUGAAGCGCUGUACCCGGUGCUACCGCGUGGGCUACUGCAACCAGCUUUGCCAGAAAACUCAUUGGCCUGACCACAAGGGCCUCUGCCGCCCUGAGAACAUUGGCUACCCCUUCCUCGUCAGUGUACCUGCCUCACGCCUCACUUAUGCCCGUCUUGCUCAGCUGCUAGAGGGCUAUGCCCGGUACUCUGUGAGUGUAUUCCAACCACCCUUCCAGCCUGGCCGCAUGGCCUUGGAGUCCCAGGGCCCUGGCUGCACCACGCUGCUCUCCACUAGCUCCCUGGAGGCUGGAGACAGUGAGAGGGACCCCAUUCAGCUGCCUGAGCUCCAGUUGGUGACCCCUGUGGCUGAGGGGCACCCUGGAGUCCCCCGGGCAUGGGCAGCCCCUGACCGGGGCCCUGUGCCCAGCUCCAGUGGAGUUUCUUCUGAGAUGCUGGCCAGUGGACCCACUGAAGUUGGCACCUUGCCUGCUGGUGAGAGGGUAUCCCGGCCUGAAGCUGCUGUGCCCGGGUACCAACACCCUAGUGAAGCCAUGAAUGCCCACACGCCCCAGUUCUUUAUCUAUAAAAUUGAUGCAUCCAACCGAGAGCAGCGGCUAGAGGACAAAGGAGAUACUCCACUAGAGCUGGGUGAUGACUGCAGCCUGGCUCUAGUCUGGCGGAACAAUGAACGCCUGCAGGAGUUCGUAUUGGUAGCCUCCAAGGAGCUGGAAUGUGCUGAGGAUCCUGGCUCUGCUGGUGAGGCUGCCCGUGCUGGCCACUUCACUCUGGACCAGUGCCUGAACCUCUUCACGCGGCCUGAGGUGCUGGCACCUGAGGAGGCUUGGUACUGCCCGCAGUGCAAACAACACCGUGAGGCCUCCAAGCAGCUGUUGCUGUGGCGCCUGCCAAAUGUGCUCAUUGUGCAGCUCAAGCGCUUCUCCUUUCGUAGUUUCAUAUGGCGUGACAAGAUCAACGACUUGGUGGAGUUCCCUGUUCGGAACCUGGAUCUGAGCAAGUUCUGCAUUGGUCAGAAAGAGGAGCAGCUGCCCAGCUAUGACCUGUAUGCUGUCAUCAACCAUUAUGGAGGCAUGAUCGGUGGCCACUACACCGCCUGUGCACGCUUGCCCAAUGACCGCAGCAGCCAGCGCAGCGACGUGGGCUGGCGCUUGUUUGAUGACAGCACGGUGACAACAGUAGACGAGAGCCAGGUCGUGACACGUUAUGCCUAUGUCCUCUUCUACCGUCGGCGGAACUCUCCUGUGGAGAGGCCCCCCCGGGCAGGUCACUCUGAGCACCACCCAGACGUAGGCCCUGCAGCUGAGGCUGCUGCCAGCCAGGACAGAGCCUAUUCUGGCUGUCCAUGGCCUAGGGUGGCUGUCAUCCUCUCUGAGGCUUCCCGGAUUUGGCAGGAGCUGGAGGCCGAGGAGGAGCCAGUACCUGAGGGGCCUGCGCCCCUGGGUCCCUGGGGGCCCCAAGACUGGGUGGGCCCCCCACCAUGUGGCCCUACCACACCAGACGAGGGCUGCCUCCGGUACUUUGUUCUGGGCACCGUGGCAGCUUUGGUGGCCCUCGUGCUCAACGUGUUCUAUCCUCUGGUAUCCCAGAGUCGCUGGAGAUGAGCUCGCCUGCAGGCAGCUGCUGUGAGGCCACCUGCCUGCCUGCCAGGCUAUGCCUGUGUCUGUGGUGGGGACCACUUUGGAUUUGGGCCUCAGUGUGUGCAUCUGAGGGGAGAGGGUGGGGACUGCGGCUCCUGCAGGGGCAGAGCAUCCUAGGGUGGGUAUCUAUCCAGCUGUCUGUCCAUUUGUCCUGCUGCUCUGACCCUUGACCUGGGGCUUAGCCCUGCCCAAGCAGCUUCCUGUAUUUAAAGUGUUAAUAAAGCGAGACUGUUCAGGCCCGAUCUCGUCUCUCUGUCUCAACGCCGCUGCUGUCUGCACCUGCCUUGGGGCCCUCCCUUGGGUGCUGGGGCUCCAAGCCAGCACCCCCGGGAUGCCAGGCGGCAUAUUGGGCAGCCCCCAACCCCUGUCCUCAUAUUCUG